UUACAGACAAGAGAAGAAGAUAGCAAUAGAGAUGGAAAACCAGACCAAUUGGAUUAUAGCAUCCAGGUUCCAUUACUAGACACACAAGAGGUUUAUUCAGUCAAGCUUCUUCUUAUAUUUGAUUACCGAUUGUAUAGAAUGUCACAGUUAAGAAUGGAGUCAAUGGCGUAUAUUCAACACAGCUCACCGCUCAGCGGUGCUGAACUAAUUACAGAUGGUGAAUUAAGGUUACGUCUUAAGUCGCCACUUGCUCACAAAGGUGCUGAUUCUAGAUAUAAUGUUCCUGUCAUUAAUCAAGAUGCCAUAUUUGCAACUGAUUAUGAAUUAGGAAAUAUUUUUAAUCAGUAUUUGGAUAGAAAUGUAACAACAAGUUUUGUAUGUGAGUAUCCAGUAUGGGUAACAGCCAGAGCAAGGUCUCAGGAUUUCAGAGUUAAAGGAACAGUUCGAUAUCCUCAAGAAAUAAUUCCAUAUGUUCCUGGCUUCUGGUACGUCAUCAAGUGGGGCUGGAUUCAAUACGUUUCGAUUCUGCUUAUUUUUGUGGUGAUUUGCGAUCGCAUCAAAGUAUUUGUCUUUCAAAAUCAAGUUGUUAACACAAUUGUUGAGAAAUCUUCAUUGAAGUGAAUGCCCUUCAAGUAACAUAACAGGAACUGUCUACAGAUCGUGUAUUGCAAUUUCCUUGGUUAUUGCAAAACACAGUUAACGACUUGUCAAAUUGAUAAAGUGCCUUCUAAAUCUGAAAAUAAUUUUUGUCAUCGGGGCUUGAGUUAAAUAUGCAAAAAAACUUCAACGAGCUGAGGGGAGAAAUAAUAAGAUAGCAUUAUGUAUUCUUUUUUUGUUGUUAAUGAUUUUUCUGUUAUUGUACAUUCCUGUUUCAUAGAUUUUUGCAUUUUUUUAGUUUUUGUACACUGUGUUUUCCUACGUUUUUGAUGCGUGUCUUAGUAUACGCCUGUAUUCUUUACCGCUGAUUCAAUAUUCUUUUUUCAUUUCGUUAGCCAUAUGAACCAAAUUCAGAUUCGGUGUGAAUCUACCUUGCUGCACAUUAUGUUUCAUUAGUCCAUCAUUGUGUAUUGUAUGUUGCUGUUUUGUCAGUCAUUGCAUUUUUAACACCGAGUUAUCUUAAGUUCACAACCUUUGUGUUUACUUUGUUUAUAAUGCCCUGUCCAAAUAACCACAUUUUAUUUGACAAAAACACAUGACAUGCCUAAAUAUGGUCAUCAUAUGACCAUAUAUUGGCACACCAUGACUAUAUAUGGGCAUACAACAGUUUUUUGUCCAAUAAAAUUUGAUAAUCCGGACAGAGCUUUGUGUAUUGUUGUAGAGGUUAUCCUCAUGUCUUCAAUUUCUGGUCAAUUGGUUUUAUUUAAAUUAUUAAAAUGAAAUGUUUAAAUGUUGUUACUGUAGAUAGUUUUUUUGCUGUAUUUAUAUUUAUUUCACACAUGCCUUUGAAAGACAUCAAUACUUACUACUUAUUGAUGGUUUGUUCUGAAUAAAUAUUUAUCUAUAAAUUUA